AUGAAGGUUCUUUCGGGAGCAGCUCUUUUGGCUGGUGCUUUCCUCUCAUGUUCUGUUGAUGCUGCAGCUUCCCAAGCUUUCACCUGGAAGAAUGUCAGGAUCGGAGGUGGUGGAGGUUUCAUUCCAGGCAUUGUCUUCAAUCCUUCUCGCAAAGGGCUUGCCUAUGCUCGAGCAGACAUCGGAGGAGCGUAUCGUCUGAACUCGGAUGAUUCAUGGACCCCAUUGCUAGACUCCGUCAAUAACUCAAACUGGCAUAAUUGGGGCGUCGAUGCACUUGCCACUGAUCCAGUCGAUACCGAUCGAGUGUACCUGGCUGUGGGCAUGUAUACUAAUGACUGGGAUCCAAAUGUCGGAUCAAUUCUACGAUCUACGGACCAGGGUGCAACAUGGGCUGAAACCAAAUUGCCCUUCAAGGUUGGAGGCAACAUGCCAGGACGUGGCAUUGGCGAGCGUCUUGCUGUCGACCCGAACAGCAACAACAUUGUCUACUUCGGAGCUAGAAGCGGUCAUGGUUUGUGGAAGAGCACUGACUAUGGUGUGACUUGGAAUAAUGUCACGGCUUUCAAAUGGACAGGAACCUACUUUCAGAAUGCAAGCUCAUCUUAUACAUCUGAUCCUGUCGGAAUCGCCUGGAUCACUUUUGACACCACGACUGGAUCUUCUGGUUCUGCGACGCCUCGUAUCUUCGUUGGUGUUGUGGACGACGGCCAAUCCGUCUUCAAAUCAGAAGAUGGCGGGGUAACUUGGGCAUGGGUUGCAGGUGAACCUCAGUACGGAUUCAUCCCUCACAGAGGAGUUCUUGCACCCGCCGACAAGACGUUGUACGUCUCAUACGCAAACGGAGUUGGUCCUUACGAUGGAACUAAUGGUACAGUCCAUAAAUACAACAUCACUUCUGGAGUAUGGACAGAUAUCAGCCCCACCUCCUUGGCGAGUACCUAUUAUGGAUAUGGAGGGCUGUCGGUUGACCUGCAACGUCCUGGAACUUUGAUGGUGGCUGCGUUGAAUGCCUGGUGGCCAGAUGAGAUUAUGUGGAGAAGCACAGAUCACGGAACCACUUGGUCCCCAAUUUGGGCUUGGGAUGGCUACCCCAAUCUCGACUUUUACUAUAGCUACGACAUUUCCGAAGCGCCAUGGCUGCAGGACAACACUUCGACAGCACAAUUUCUCUCCAGAGUAGGAUGGAUGGUCGAAUCGUUGUCCAUCGAUCCUUUUGAUUCCAAUCAUUGGCUUUACGGAACAGGUGCUACCAUUUAUGGGAGCCAUGAUCUUCUUAACUGGGACACAGAACACAAUGUCACGAUUAAAUCUCUGGCAUACGGCAUCGAGGAGACUGCGGCAGAGGCGCUAUUGGUCGUCCCUGGUGGAGCACCACUCCUGUCCGCUGUUGGGGAUAUCGGUGGCUUCCUCCACUGGGACCUAGAUACUGCACCAGCGCAAGCUUUCCACACACCAACAUACGGCACGACCCAUGAUCUCGACUAUGCUGGAAAUAAUCCCGCGAAUGUUGUUCGCACCGGUGAAAGCUCGACGGCCAUCCAGAUAGCGACCUCUGGGAACUACGGUCUCACUUGGUCUCCCUAUUAUGGUGCAUCUUUGAGCAUCGGGCCUGGCAAAGUCGCAUAUUCAGCAAAUUCAGACUCGAUACUUCUUAUGUCAGAUACAAAUGGUCCUUUGAUUUCGAAGUAUUCAGCAACAUUUAGCGCUGUUCCAACACUUCCAUCGGGAGCAGCUAUUGCUUCUGAUAAGAGGAAUGGAACAGUCUUCUACGGUGGCUCUGCUGGGAGCUUCUAUACCUCCUCUGACACAGGUGUGACAUUUACAAUGACUGCAGCACUCGGUUCUUCGACUAUGGUAAACCAGAUUCGUGUCCAUCCAACAGUUGCUGGAGAUGUCUGGGCUAGCACGGAUACUGGUCUCUUUCACUCGACCAACUACGGCCAUACAUUUACCCAGAUCGGCAGCGGGGUCACAGCAGGUUAUAGUUUUGCUCUUGGUGCCGCUUCAACCUCAACAGGCUACCCCGUGAUCUAUGGCUUCUUCACAGUUGACACUGUAACAGCACUUUUCAAAACAGAAGACGCAGGUCUAAAUUGGGCAAUGAUCAGUGAUGCUACUCAUGGUUUCGCAUCUUCGUCCGCAAACGUCGUAGGUGCCGAUAUGGCUACAUAUGGAAGAGUUUUCGUCGGCACGAAUGGAAGAGGUAUCUUUUACGGAGCACCUUCUGGAGCUCUACCACCAGUUACGGUGACAGGGACGAAAACCAGUUCAUCUACCCUCGUGACAAGUUCUGGAUCGACGCUUUUAACAUCCACAAGUAGUAAAGUGGUGACUACAAGUCAAACCAGCUCGGGGAGUUCAAGCUCGAAGGCCACAAGCACGACGUCUACUUCUCAGAAAAUGACUGCCACCUCAACGAGCUCCUCUUCCACCGCCACAGGAACAAGCUCGGCAUAUGGUCAAUGUGGAGGAUCAAGUUAUGCAGGACCAACACUUUGCCCUUCUGGGUACACCUGCACUUACUCUAAUCCAUAUUACUCGCAGUGCUUGCAAUCAAGUUAA